UUGAGGGCAGCAGAGCAGCUUCCGGACCCCCCUCACCUUUCCAGGCAGCUGUCUUCUCUUCAGGUGAGUCUGGGGUUACCUGAUACUGCUGGAAAAGCCUGAAAGCAGCGGCCUCACUGCGCCUCGGCACGACACAUGAACAGCACUGGGUGAAUGUAAAUGUUCAGGAUAAAGGUGGAGAUGGUGGAGGGACAGCUGGCACCGUGAACGCGCGGUGUUUCUGGAUUGCGUAAAUGCGCACUGGUGAGUGAGGGGAGGAGACGGGAGGAGAGGGACGGGAAAAAGGAGGCAGGAGGAGGGGUGGGGGGAGUGUAGAGCUGGUGGAAGGAGGAGGACAGUAACUGUUGGUGUCGCUGGAUGUCUGUCACUGAACAGGUACACGACAGGAGCCGCGUUCACGCCUCUGUUCCGCCGCUGUAACACGUCGUGUUCAGACAUUUACGCGGAGCUGCUCCGGUGAGCUCCGGCGCAAAGUGGACCCCUCGCUUUACACAAAGCUUGUGCCCCGCCGAGGGACCCUCAUCCUCUCCAAAGCUACGACGGAGCUGUUGAGCACACAGUUCAAAAGAUUUUGGAGUUCUUGUUUAAUUAAGGGAAGAAAAUCUUUCUUCAAAUGCAAGAAUGUCUUGAAGUCAUUAAACUCCGGUAGUGUUUUCAUUUAAACAGUUUGGACAUUAAAAGACUAUUUUUUCCUCACUGUUGGCUCAGUCACCAGGGUGCAAAUAGAACUGCGAAGCUGCAGCUGAGGUGGACCUGAGUAAUUGCCUUCUGUUUGAAGGCAUGAAAUUUUCUGCUAGUGAAGCUUUCUCUUGGAUUAUCGGGGCACUUGUGAAGGGGUUCAGGUGGUCACUCAAACGGACAAAAACAAGCUUGUGCCUCCGCUUGUGUCCUUUACUCUUGCUCAGUUCCACCGUUGGCCCCUCACUCCACCCGCUCCCCUCUCGUGCACCUUCUCCCCUUCCACUCCCUGGUGCGGUGUGUGAUGGUGCGUCCCCUCCUCUCGGUCCUGGAGACAUGCCUGUGCAGGAGAUGGCGGUGAGUCCUGUCAAGUCCCUGUACUGGGAGCAGUUCCCCCCCAUGUCUCAGCGCCGCGUCUACUGCACUCCCGUCUACCACGAAGGCCUGGUCUACGUGAUGGGGGGCUGCAGCGAGACUGGCAUGCCUCUGGACAGCGUCGAGGUCCUGGAUGUAGAGAGCCAGACUUGGAGCCAGCUGCCGCCGCUGCCCACAGCACGGGCGGGGGCCUCGGCUGUGGCGCUGGGGAGCCAGGUGUUGAUGAUCGGGGGCAUGAAUCAGCAGCAGACCCCGCUGGCUUCCGUGGAGAUGUACCACCCUGACGAGGGCAAAUGGGAGACAAAGGCCAGCCUGGCUCAGCCAUCCAUGGGAGUUACCACUUUGGAGAAAGAUGGAAAGGUGUAUGCGAUGGGAGGUAUGGGAGUCGACACAACGCCACAGGCCCUGGUGAGGGUUUAUGAGCCAGAGAAGGACCAAUGGCACCCGAUGACCUCCAUGCCAACGCCGCGGUAUGGAGCCACGCCCUUCCUAAAAGAAAACAAAAUCUACUUGAUGGGUGGUCGUCAGGGAAAGAUGCCAGUGACAGCACUGGAGGCUUUUGACCUGGAGAUGAAGAGCUGGACACGUUACCCCUGCAUCCCGAGCCGGAGGGCCUUUUCCUGCUGUGCUACAAAUGAGCGAAGCCUCUUCAGCCUGGGGGGUCUCCAGCAACCGGGUCCGCAUAACUUCUACUCCAGACCUCACUUUGUUAGCACCAUGGAGGAGUAUGAUCUGGAUCAAGGUAUCUGGAUCAAGCCCAGCCGAACAUCCAGGAUGAGGGAGAAGAGGGCUGACUUCGUGGCAGGCUGCCUGGGAGGAAGAGUAAUCGCAGCUGGUGGUCUAGGUAAUGAACCGGCACCGUUAGGCACAGUGGAGAGCUACAACCCAGGGAAGCGGCGCUGGGAGUACAUGGCACCCAUGCCCACCGCGCGCUGCUCCUCUGCCCUCCUGCAGACAACCACCAUGCUCUUUGUCAUCGGCGGAGUCGCCCAGGGACCCAGUAAUGCUGUGGAAGCCCUGUGCUUACCGGAAACAGUGUGACACAUGCGCACACAACAACACAAACACACACACACAGGAAUAAAUGCUAACUUGCAUUGAUAUUUUAUUCAUGUAUGUGCAAAACCACAGACAAAAACACAUGAAUUGAAUCACGCUUAGAUACUUUUGUACCUUCAUGUCCAGCUGAUGGAUUCCUCUUGUACACUUGGAUGUAAGAAACUCUUUUUCACAUUCAACAAGCAUUUUCGAAAUAGGGGCUGCAGAGACAGUUUGUGACAGGGCUGGACAAAUACAAGAUUAAGGACAUUUGAUCUGACUGUUGACAGCUUUUCUUACACUGGGGAAAUCAAAGGAAGACAAGACAAAAAAAAAAAAAAGCAAAAAAAGCACAGACACACACAGUGUCUGAAGAAACAACACGCCUUUGACCUGUUGAGCAUUUUUCAGAUUAAAAGCAGGGUACUUUUCUGGAUAUUAAAGGAACAUAGGGCCAUAUCUCUAUCUCUUGCAGCAGUGUUGCCCCCACGCCCUCUGCUGCUGCAACAGCAAGUUGGGACACUUUUCUAUGAUCUUAGAAACUACACUAUGUUCAGUUUUAGACCGUGACGUUCUGGGAAUGUGAAUGUCUUUUUCGGUUUACCUGUUUUUCUUGCAGUGUUGUACAAUGUGUGAAAGUUAGCGCUGUUAACAACUGCUACCACAGCGUCAAUGACAGUGGCCCUUAAACAUGCAUUCACACUGCAAGCAACUCACGCAACUGCUAGUCAGAAGCCUAUCCAUUUUCCAUGAGACGUGUGCUGAUGUUGACCACAGUCACUGUGUUUCCUUUAUUUCCGGUUGCAGAAAAGUUGACUGUGGUCAAACUUGUCGGCAUCUUGCUUUGCUACACAUCUAUCCACCUCUGCUACAGCAUUAGCACCACUGCAAUCAAUCACCAAGCUCAUACAGUCCUUCACACUGUAGCGCAGGGAUGUAGUUGCUCGUGGAGUGAAUGCAAAGUUACUCAUACCUGCUGCACUGAAGCAUCCACCAGACCAAUAAUAAGCUGAGCAUCAGCUUGUUGACAUGUUAUAUUCCCCUUGAGUUUUAUGACUGAUAGCAGCGCAGUGUUUUCUUUACCUCAACUUGAUGUCAGCCAGUUGAUGGAUACAUGGGAAGAGCAUCAGAAGGUGAUGAUACCUGGGCAACAUUUUGAAGCAAUUUUGUUACUCACUCGGUUUCAACAUGGAGGAGAAUGUUUAAAAUUCAACAUCAUACAUGUGCAUAGAGUUUUAUUUUCAUGUUUAUGGUUAUAUUGAUUCAGUGUUUUUAAGGGAAUAUUAUUUUUGCAGAGUAGUGAAAUGUGUCUGAAAUAGCCUGUUUUGGUCUGAAUAUAGGGUAAUGAACGCCACCAUGAUCAUAAGUGAUCCAUAUUUACGUAACCAUGUGUCUUUUGAGUAUAAAAUAUUCAUUGUAGGCUUCAAAGGAGACUGAAAAGUUUGUAGCUUGUUUAAGUAUAUAGUUGUACUUAGCUUGCAAAAGAAAACAUAUUAAAAUGUCCAUGGUCUAUAUGUUCAGCAUGUCACAAACAACAUCACUUGGCCAAUAUAAUGCGAACUACGCUACUUCAAACAGAGCUACAAAGCAAUAGCAUGACAAGUAGUGUACUUAGCUGUUAGUGUUGGGCAAGUUUGUUACCCAUCUCCGUCCAUGGUGCCUUUAAACAACUCCAAAGUCUCCACACCAACAUCUCACAAAGUGUGUAAAUGGUUUCACUGACAGCAGCUAGCUUUGCCUCCCAAGUCCUGUCCACACACCCUCCAACAAUGAGCAACCUAACGUGAGGUAGCCAACAAAGAACAGGAUGCACUUACCAGGAGAUCUUUUGGUAAAAGGUAGCUGCCUUCUAACACUUCCAGCUCCUGCACAAAGCUGUGCCACAUGUGUCACAAACUCCAACAGUCUCUUGUAAGUCAGGGAACAAGCCAACCUCCAAAAUGUCAAAGAAACUAAGUGCAAAUGUGAAAAGUUUUGUGUAAUUCCCUACACUAAUCUUUAACACAUUGGGGUAGUAUGGUGGUGCAGUGGUUAGCACUGUUGCCUCACACCAGUCAUGUUCUGAGUUCCAACCGGCCUGCUGGCCUGGACCUUUAUGCAUGCCCUCCUGUAUCUGCAUGGGUUCUCUCCAGAGACUUUGGCUUCAGUUUAAUUGGUGACUCUAAAUUGCCCAACAGUGUGAAUGUAAGCAUGAAUGAUCUCUAACUGGCGACCUGUCCAAGAUGUAACCCAACUCUUAGCCAAUGUCAUCUCAGAUCAGCCCUAGUCCCCCACGGCCCAGUGGCCGUGGAAGAUGUUUGUACUAACUGCUCUGAAUCCAAGAGGACUACAUCUGCUAGAAACUUUUCAGAGCUCCCUUACAAUCCUACAGUGGGUGAGCAAUCAGUGCACAAAAGACAAACUUUUAGUGGAGAUUGAGUUUAUUCGGGGUGAAGCUUUGUGUACAUGAGAUGAUGGAGGGAGCUGCUGUGAGGAUUUUUUGUGACAGAUUCAGUGACCUGUGGAUAGACAACAAGGUCGAGCAGGAAACAAAGGAAUUACCCAUUGUGUGUUGCUGUCUGCUGGUUGGUCUUUUUUUAUUCUGCCAUAUUGGUCACAAUAUUUUGAAUGUGCUCUUGAAAAUCCAGUCAUUAGUCUCUCUAUUCAGAGUUAGUAUAAUGUAAGACAAGAGGCACUGGCUCAGCUGAACUGAUGUUGGUACAGUCAAAUAAUUAUGGGCUCCAGCCUAAAUUAAAAACUUUUAUUGAGACAAUACAGAAAAAAUAUGAAUUAUAAAAAAAUAUUGAAUUUAUUAGAAUAUUUCAGCUAAAGUAGUUGAUACACUGUGAGUACACUUUUACUAAAAUUUGCAUUAUUGGUGGUCAGUUUAAACAGAGGGGGCAGAGAAAGUAUGAAUACAUAAAUAAUGUACAAGAAGAGGGAGCUAACGCUGAUCCCCCAAAUCAGCAUUGUCUCUUACGCACACACACACACAUACACACAUCCUUUUCACUGUCUUGCCCCUCAUCAUAUCUUUUUCUAGACUGCACUCUGGCAGACCUUGUUAACAGACUCAGACAUCUAUUGCUGGGAGAGAGCACUGAAGCUACUGGAGCUCAGAUGUGAUGCCAGUUGACAGUUGGUUAUUUCUGGUGCUGUGUUGUGUGCACCUAAUUGAGUGUGUUAGGUACGAGGUACACACUCAUCACAUACAGGAUGUGCAGGCAUGGAUGCAUGCCUGCAAGAAUGCAGUCAGUUUGAGUAACUCACAUUGUUUUAUCUGGUAACAAUCGCUCAAAGCUUGGAGAGAACACAGAGAUCACUUUGUCGGUAAACGGCUCUGCUGGAUGGGGGACCGUGACCUUCUCAUCCAAGACUGAUUAGCCUGCUGUGCAGUUUAUGAGUGUGUGUUUGUGUGUGUGUGUGAGAGAGAGAUAAAGAAAGAGCGUUUGUGUAUUUAUGUCAUGAUGUAUUUCAUGAAGAUUUGGCAAAAUGCAUUUGCAUGUAACUUAUUCAUGCAGCACAAACGCC